AUGGCCCAAUUCAAGUUUGCAGGACAACCUGGUUCAGCCGCACAUCCAUCCUUCACGACAUCCAAGCGGCAGGUACGCCGUCUCCUCGAGCUCGUAGACUCUGCGUCAAAUUGGCCGAACCACCCCAAUGAACAGUUCCGCGAUCUUGCGAAGAUUGAGCGGGCACUCUACGCCCUGGCAAAUUCUGUUAUCUUGAUGGCGAGUGUUAUGCCCAUAGAAGAGAACUGCAUGAUUAUCGACGAAAUUGAGGGUGGUCUCCAAUCUAUCCACGACCAUAGCAUCGAUGUCUCCCGCGCUAUUAGAAGCCUGAAACGCACCCUGGUCGAUCCUUACGAACGUGAUUACGUUCGCAUCAUGCUCGACAACUUCGACCAACUUGAGGCGCGCUUCCAGACGAUAAAAGACCACGUACGGAAUGUGGAAUUCGGACUUGAAGACAUCCAAAUGGGAAGCAAAGAAUGGAUCAAAGACUGUAAUGAUUUUAUGUACCACGGCUGUGAUAUCCUCAUGGAGACGACCAAAAAGUGUAAGGCGAUCCUUGCGAUUGAUUGCUUCAGACUCGCGGCUCACGACCAAAGCUCCAACCCGCUUCGGAAUUUUCGACCUUCGGGAGACGGAAAUGCUGCUGACUUUGAGGGAGCUAUAUCCCGGAGCACGCCCGUCUAUCCAGCGGCUCCUGUAGUGGCGCGUUCAGAUCUCGAACCUCAACCCAGAGCACCAGUAAAGACCAGAAGUCGUGUCGAUGCUGCUGAGCCGACCUCGGCAAGUUCUACAUCUCAUGCUGGUAGCCAGCCUCGUGGAUACGUCCGAGGCGAUUCGGAGCUGUCUCCCAAAUCUAGCGCAAAUUCCUCUGACUGGCCACCACGCAAGAAGCAAGUUGGCGAGCAGGAAGGUAAGAAAGAGUCUGGUAUUUCGUCGGACACCGCAACCGCUGUCGAGCAAGCUAUAAGGUACGGUCUUGCUCUCGAGCUUGACGCCAAGUCAGGACCCGAGAUCGUGAGGAUAGGCUCGGGAGGAGCACGACCAGUUUCGAAGGUGAGAGAUGCAACAGUGGGAGAGUCUGUUAACGACGAGAAUUCGCGUCAUGACUCGGGAGGUGAAUCUGUCAAGAAAGCACGGUCAUCACUAAUGGACGCCAUAUGA